GCACCGUUAUGAACUGUUGUGUUACCGGCACCAUUAUGCUUUCUAUUUGUUUGAUCGGUUGAAUACCAUCAUUACCAUAGUAGGGUUACGGUCUGAACAAUGUUACAAGGAUAUAUCGUUUCCAUCAUUCCAGGGACUCCUCAGCAAACCAGACAUCUCAUAAGGUUUCGGUCUGCAAAUGAGCAACGUUUCCUGAGGUCGAAGAGCGCUGCUAGACCACUUUGGGAGACGUUGAUCAAAGAACUGGCCAUUGAGGGCAAGAUCACACCCCAACAGGUGUCAAAGAAGUGGGAAAACCUCAAGAAAAAGUACAAGGAGCUAAAAACCCCAAGAACAGGAUCAGGAACGGAUGCGGGCGAGGUAACGGCUGCCACCUGGCAGUUCUUGGGCGACAUGCAUGAGGUUUUGGGUGCAAGGCCUUCAAUGGAUCCUCCUGUAGUGGUCGCAUCUUUUGGUGAUGCUGAUCCAACAGCAAUUCUCCUGGAGAUGGUUGAGUCCACAUGCAGCGACACCUCAGGCACAUCAGACUCAGCAGCCUCUCCCAUGGCUAGCCCGAGUCCCCCAACACAUUCCCCCCCAAAAAAGAAGAAGAACUCCUUGUUGAAUUUCCUCAUAGAGGAGAGCGCAAAAGAGCAGAAGCGCCAUGAGGAGAGUGAAGCCAAAACUGAACGAUUUUUAGGCCUGUUUGAACGGUUAAUUGAAAAAAUAUAAUAGAACUUAAUGCAUAUUGUUAAUAAGAUUAUUUAGAUGUUAUAUAUUUUUUUUACUCUGUGACCACAUGAUUUGCUGUAAUGUUAUUUAUAUGAAUAUGUUUUUAUAGAAUUAAAUCUUGUAAAUAUACUUGACUGUA